AUGAGUGUUGAUGAUAUGAAAAAGUCCGUGUUGUUAUUUAAAACCCUUAAUCCUGAAUAUGAACAUUAUAUUGACGCAUCUGUUUACAGUGUUUUGAGAUUAUUCAGACUUCCCAUGAACGGAAAGGUAACUGGAUCGGGAAUAGAUCAUGACGACUAUCAUGAAGUAAUUCAUGGUGAAUUCGAAGACUCAUUCAUUCAAUCCACUGAAAAUUUACCGGUUAUAUCUGGUAACAUGCUCCCGGAUGGUUUCGAUGACUUUGAUGUAGAUAAUGCGGUUAAAAUUUCAUCCAGAACAACGAAGAGAUUUAAACAAUCUAAUAACUAUAAAUUGGAUGAAUUUUCAGACGCAGUAAUGAUUGAAUUUCAAAAGCUAAAAGCAACAUUGGAAGAGAUGCAGGAACAAAAUAAGAAGUUGGAAAAAAUGAACGACAUAUUAUUCCUAAAAAUAUUGGAUCUUGAACAAUCAAAGAAGUGA